UGCACUAGAAUGUCGCCAGUUCAGCUCAGUUCCAGACAUGGCAGCGUUGAGACAGGAGCAGCGGUAUGGACUCUCCUGUGGAAAGAUUAAUAAAAGCAUUCCCAACAAAACCAUCUUUCACGUCAAGCUAACCGACACGGCCAUCCGGACGCUGGAAGCUUAUAAGAAUCUCAAGGGGUCUUUACCAAAUCAGCCAGCAAUUUGCUUCAAGGGGAACCAGGGGUAUAUCAAGAUACCUGCUUCCUUGGAUUCUCCUGAUGCUUUCCGUGUCUUCUCCUUCUAUCUGUCCAGUGACAGUAAAGACAAACCUCAGGCAAGCUUCGACUGCAUUCAACAGUAUAUUUCUGGAGAUGGCAGGGAGCAUCUGGAAAGCCAGGGCAGUAUUCAGGACAAAAUCACGGUGUGUGCCACCGACGAUUCCUAUCAGAUGACCCGCGAGCGCAUGUCUCAAGUGGAAAAAGACAUCUGGAGUCGCUCAGCCAUCGAGAUCAAACCUGGAUCCACACAUCCGAGUAAAUGUGUGAAGAUUAAGAAGAAGCAGGGCUUGCCGACCAGCUUAGACAACACUAACAGACAUUCACCCAGCAACAAGAAGAACGGUACACCUAGCUUGGUGGCCACCAGGCCCUUGAAAGAACGUGUUAUUCACAUUCUGGCCUUAAAGCCCUACAGCAAGCCUGAACUACUGCUCUGGCUGGAGAGGGAGAAAGCCAGUCCCAAGGACAAGGUCGACUUGAGUGCUGUGCUGGAUGAGGUGGCUAAACUCAAUCCCAAAGACAGCAGCUUUACACUAAAGGAUGAUUUCUACAGACAUGUGCGGAGGGACUGGCCCGGCUAUGUUGAAGAAGAGCGGCAACUCAUUCAAAGGGUGUUGGCAAGAAAACUCCAGCCUCUCAGCAGCAGCAGUAGCCAGUUGAAAAGUGUCCAGUCCAGCCAUUCAUUCCACAAAACCUCAGGGGAUUCUCCAUCCCAGCUCAGCCCUGUCAAGAAUCUCUCCAUGAAACGCCCAGUGCCUUCCGACCAUCCAGAAAGUCAGACGCCAAAAAAGCAACGUUUAUUAGAUCAGAACAAGCUCUUGCAGUCUCCUUCCAAUAGACAUCUCAGCUCCUCCAUGGGCCGUAGCUCUUCUGCUCAUGGAAACACAAGUACAGCUCAGCAGAGCCCUAACGGUCUUUCCCAGCGGCACAAGCUCGGCGAGUCCAACAGCGUGCCCAAACCAGAACCAGCACAGCAGCCAUCGUCCAGCCCCAAACACACAAGAACUGAACCAGCCAUCUGCACGGACCAGCAGCUAGCAAACGGCCAGCACAAAAAGAAGUCUAAGAAGCAUAAAGAAAAGGAGCGAGAGCGCUUAAAACCUGAGUGGGUCGAGACCAGUUCGGACCUCAAACAGAACCAGGAAAAUGUUAAAGACCAUGAACGACCCAACACACCUGUCUCCCGUUCCUCGCCCGACGAGCUGCCUGACUAUUUAUUAAAAUACAACACUAUUACCGACUCCGAGCAGCAGCAGAGGUACAAAGAGGAUUUUUGUGCGGAGUAUGAUGAGUAUAGAGACCUUCAUGAACGCAUAGGGAAAGUCACAGAGAUAUUUGUUCAGCUGGGAUCCAAGAUAAAGACGCUGUCUCCUGGGACACAUGAGUAUAAGGUAAUGGAAGUUCAAAUAAUGGAGAAGUAUAGGAAGUAUAAGAAGAAGUUUCCAGGCUACCGGGAAGAAAAGAAGCGCUGUGAGUAUCUCCAUCAGAAACUAUCACACAUCAAGGACCUGAUUCUGGACUAUGACCGCUCACAAACUCCCUCCUAGUGCCAGCCGUUCCACUCUCCUCCUCCUCUUCCUCCUCAGUCUGCUCGCACGGACCAAAAAACUCCUCAGUGGAAAAUAAACCAGGACCAAAUGUCUCUUCUUGAGCACAACAAGGCAUUUCCGUGUCUUUCCUCCACACAAACUGUGGGUAACAAUGUGGAGGCUGAGGAUCUAUGCCCAAACUAUCCCAUAAAGGCCAAGACCUCCGACUAGUGACUUAAGCCCUUUAAAGGUUUUUUUUUUUCUUGUGUAAAAAGUGUUGCAUUGAGGGAUUGGUUAGAUGUGAGACACAACCUAAGCCAAAAUAGUUUUGUUUCUGUGUGUGUGUGUGUAACCAUUGCCCUUGACCUUCUAACCCUGGCUCUGAGCUCUGACCUUCAGGGCUGCGUGCUGCUUUUAUUGUACAAUCAUAAAGCCUGGACGAUGAGAGAUGAUUAUCUGUCAGUGAACUAUCAGAGAACUUAAGCACAGUUUCUAUUUUGGUAUUUUACCGAAUGUAUAUUUGUACACUUGUAAGAUCUUGACAUCUAUUAAAGAGCGUUUAAUCACUGGAUAGAAUAAGGGAAACCUGGAAUUUUCUUAACUUGAGGUGAUCCUACCAAACUCUGUGGAGGGUGCAAUCCAUCAAAUGAACUUCAGACUCUUAAUUAGACGAUACCCUCCUCUUUUGUCUGUAGCUGCAUGAUGAGUUCUGGGAUACAAAUUAAAUCUGAUGAAAUCUGAGAUGAAAGGUGCUUAACCUUUAAGUGAUCAUUUUAUAAUGGUUUUUGUGUCCAGUGUUCAAACCACUACAGGAGACUGUCCUUAAAAUAACGAUGUUGAUAUCAUCAUCAUUAUUAUAAUUAUUAUUAUUAUUAUUUGGACACUAAACAGCAGAAACAAUCAUGUUUUAAAGCACAUUGAAUUUCUUUUAUUCUUUUUUUUUCUAACAAAGAAUAUAUUGAUUAAUGGACAAGAAAAACAAUAUUUAUCUGAUCUGUUGGAUAUGUUACGGGAAAUUUGACAUAUGUUUUGUUGACAUCAUUAUUGGUAUAAUUUCUUGAAGUUUGAAUGAACUCUGAAUUCUUUCCCUUUGAAAAGCAUGAAGGAGACCUUCAUAGACUGUGUCAGGCUUUCUCUGAAACUUCGUUUGAGUCAUGUUUUAUGUGAAUGAAAGUAUACAGUGUGUCUGGUUUCCCAGAAUGUAUUACUGGAUGAACACAGAUGGAGGAUCUCACUGGCGUUCUGCUUUACUCAACGGCCCAGCGUGAACACCGUACGUCAUAGAAGAAGUCUUUCCAAAGUCCCUCGAUGUCUGUGUCAUUCCUGUUCAUGCCCUUAGCCUCAUGUACAUUAUGGAAGUAUUUUCUUGUCACUUUUGCGAUUUGACAUUUCUCUUGUGGAGACUGCUGAUCUGUUAUUUAUGUCACUACAGUGUUAGUUCCUCUAAUCCUUUAUCUUGAUUAGUUAUCCCGCUGGAAAACUGAUAAUAUUUGCCAAAAUAGCAUUGCUCUUUAUAUUGUUAACAGUUUGUUUCAACCUUUCAUGGGGCAACUUCAUGUAGAUGCCUUAAAUAAACUGGACCACAUUAACUUAAUAC